CCCUCUCCCUCUCUAUCCGUUUCGCCCCCCAUUCCCAUACACUCAUUAAACCGGCUCAGUGUCAGUGUGUGGACCAUGCAAACGACCCCGUCGGGAUUCGGACUCGGUUUUACAGGAUUAGGAACCAAGGUGUGCGUCCGUUUGGCUUUGUGGCUCCGCCCGGUGUGCGGUGCGGACUGAUUGCACACAUCUGAGAGUUUUAUUGGCUUGCCCGACAGCGGCGGGAGAGGACUGGUCUAUACCCCACACAUAGGACAAAGGGAACCAGGGGACAUUAAAGGAAAAAAAAAGAUAAGAUUGGAAGAAGAGUGGGAUGAAAAUGGAUAAAUGGCUCCUCACACUCGUCUUUGGGCUUUUAACGCUUGGUGGGUGCUCGGCUCGAGUGGUGACGGUGUCUCCUGGUCCGUUAAUCCGGGUGGAGGGUCAGCCGGUCUCCAUCAGAUGUGAUGUCAGGGACUAUUCGGGACCUCGUGAGCAGGAUUUCGAGUGGAUGACGUCCAGGGAGGCAGGCGGGACGAGGACGAAGAUAAUCUCCACCUUCGACGCCAGCUACUCCAGCCCGUCGAUCAGCAAGCGCGUUGCGUCUGGCGACAUCUCGGUGGUGCGGCUCAAAGACAACGAGGUGGAGCUGAAGAUCGCUGAGGUGAAGUCGCAGGACGCCGGGCUGUACUGGUGUCAAACGCCCAGCACCGACUCAGUCAUCAGUGGCAACUAUGAGGCUCAGGUCCAACUAAUUGUUAUUCCCAACACCCUCAGCGUUUCACCGCAGACCCCUCCCCAAGAAGUCCCAGAAGGAAGUGAGAUCACACUUUCUUGCAACGUCACCCGGGCCCUCACCCACCCCACCUACCUGUCCGUCAGCUGGUCGCUGAAGAACGGAGCAACCACAGAGGAGAUCUUGACAUUUGGCCCGCAGGGAGAUGUGGUCACGGGGGCAAAGUUUGCCCGGCGCUACGCCGACGGAGGCAUCCGGUUGGUCCCCGGCAGGAAUGGAGUGUUUGAACUGGUGAUAUCCAGGGUGACGACGUCUGAUGGCGGGACUUACGAGUGCAAUGGAACAGAGUGGACACAUGAAAAUGGAGGGAAAUGGAUAAAAAUCGUAGAGAAUGCCAAAGAGAUGGGAACUGUUAAAGUUAUUCCUACAGGUCAGUCCCUCAGUGUGAAGGCUUCAUCCUCCUCCUCUCCCUCCUCCACGUCUCAGCUCCUCUCCCCCGGCGACACGCUGACCCUCCUCUGCUCCGUCACCGCCGACAACCUGCAGGCCCUCGCUUUGGAAGUGACCUGGCUGACCGGCGACCGCGACAUCGUCACCAUGGAGCGCAGCGGGGUGGUGAUCUCGAACACGUCCUCAAGCGGCGCGCAGGGAAAGCGAGGGGAGGCAAGCCUGGAGCGCACGGGAGCCGGGGAGUACAGGCUGGGGGUGAAGGGGGUGAGCGCGGAGGACGGAGGGGAGUACACCUGCCGUGUCCGAGCCUUCAUCGACAAAGGAGGGAGGAGUGAGGGAGGAGGACGGCGGUGGCACAUGGCGUCCGAGAAGAAGUCCAGCCCCGUGACCGUUAAAGUGUCUCAGAUCAAGCCGAGCUAUACAGUGAAGCUGGAACCCAUCCUGAACCCGCAGAUGACAGCUGAACCCACAGAACUGGCGUGCCACGUGACCAACAUCACCCAUUUACCCCUAGGCGGCCGACUGGGUGUCACCUGGGAGCACACCACACUCCCUGGUAUAGGUGAUGAUCCUCAGACCUCACAUCGCAUUGGCUCCCUGGACGGCGAUGGCAACCUGUUGCCGGGGUCGAUGUACUCAGACCGGCUGAAGAGCGGUGCGAUGUCUCUGACCAGAGUCCAGCCCAACACGUUCAAGCUGCGGAUCCUCCGCACACAGGAGAUCGACAUGGGCCAGUAUGUUUGCACUGUGUCUGCGUGGAGCGUCAGCAGCCAGGGUGACAUGGUGGAGACAACUGAGUACAAUAGCUCACAAACGACCGUACGAUGGGAUACCAAACGUCCGACUCUAAACGUCGUGGCCAAACGUAUCCGUGAAGCCUCAGUGGGCGGGGCUACCUUUGAGAUGAGCUGCACCGUGACCACUGAGAACCUUGGGGAGGCGGGCUACUCUGUGCUCAUCCAAUCGCAGGAGAGCCUGGAGAGCAACGUGAGGACCAUCAUGACUCUCAGCCCCGACAACGUCCUGCAGCACGGAGGAGCCACAGACCCAAACAGGAGAGACAGUCUGGUUCUGACAAAGUCCGGUCCAGCAGAGUUUCGGUUUCGUCUGGCCGGCGUCCAGUUGUCCGACAGAGGUUACUACUGGUGCGACAUCACCGCGUGGACGAAACAGCAGCCAGGACAAGCCUGGACCAAAGCCACAAGCGCUGAGUCUAACAAAGUCAGGAUCGGCUUUCAAGAAAAUGGCCCAUCCUUCUCCAUUGCCAUCCAAUCAGACGACACCAGUGUUUAUCCGUCGAAAACAGCCAAGAUGGAGUGUUCGCUCAGCGUCUCUGGAUCCUCGCCUAAGACUGAUGACCUGGCGUACGAGGUGCGUUGGUUUUUCACCAGGCUGCGCGGCGGACAGACGACGACCCAGGUGGCCAGCGUCGAUCGCUUUGGCAUCGUGAAGGCAGAGAUCCGCAACUCAUCCAGCGAAAUCUCAAUAGAGCGCAUUGACACACACACCUACCUGAUGAACAUUUUUGGCACUCAGGACGGUGACAGCGGGGAGUAUUACUGCGUGGCCACUCCCUGGUACCUGUCGGCCUCGACGGGAGCCUGGACUCAAGCCGGAGAGCUGACGUCGUCUCGGAUCUUUCUCACUGUCCAGUUUGCUGUGUGGGACUCCCUACAGUUACCUCUCCUAUAUGGUGCAGCAGCUUCACUAGGUGUGGGCCUCUUCUCUCUGGUCCUGGGUCUGGUUUGCGCCCAGUGCUGCUGCCGCAACACCACACACACUCCACGCUCGCGCAACAAACUGAUGGACCUGGAGAUGGACUGACAAACACUUUCCCCCGCACCCACACACUGCAGCGCUCACAGGAAACACCACACACACAACAGACACACACCCGUGGACGAUUUCUGGGACACCCAGCUGUUUCCUGGCGAAGGACGUUGGGAGUAAAAUGACAAGCCGCUCUGGAAACAGAAACCUGACUGAGGUGCUCAGGAUCUUUCAGCUCUGCAGUGGAGGAGCAGGGGACAGUUUUUUGUUUUUUGGGGGGGUUUUUUGGUUUUUACACGCACCAAUGGGGAAAUAGCCUUUGAGACUUCUGUUUCUGUGAAGACCCAGUGAAAUCUCUGGUGCUUCCAGUGAUUUUAACACUGACAUAUUCGUUCCCCGUUUAAGACCAUAGCACUCCAGGAAACUCUGAAGAAUCUGGAGUUUAAUUAUUGAGGAACAGGAGACUUCUGAAACACCACUGCCAUUUGGGAAUAAAGGACCACUAUACACAUCUGCUGCUUCUAGGGAUAACAAAUGAAGCACUCAGGCUGGACUACAUGCUUUUUUUUUUUUUUUGCUUUUUUCCCUUUUUUGCUUUCUCCUGAUGCCAUGGCUUCCUGCAAAGUACAACCACUUCGUGUCUAAGAGUAACGACACACCGGCAUACCCUGUUGAAUUCUCUCUUAUGAGGAAGCACCGAAAACUCAAGGGGUGUUUGAUUGAACAUUGUAUCUGCACAGGGUUACUAACACCCUUGACAUGUCCCUGUGAGGUCACAUGGCUGGAGGUAUUUUGCAUUGGCGGAGGCUGAUGGUUUAGGCAGCCUGAGCCUUAUUUGAGUCAUGGAAAAAGUCGUGGUUUGAACAUCAUGUUCAUUUGGGCAGCAGAAGUCUUAGAAAACGGAAGUGCGCCACGUGCUUUCCACACGACCGGUAUUGCACUAGAACUACCAUCCCAGAGUAUUCCUACCUUAACAAAAGGACAAUAUAAACCUUUAUUCUCAACUCUAGUUUUUUGAAAAUUAAGAGAUUUUAAAAUGAGAGACAUUUUUAAGCUUUACAAGGAGAUAUGCAGUUAGUGUGUUUGUGUGUGAGAUAUACUGUACGUGGUGCCAAUAUUUGAACUAACAGAGGUGUGCUUGGUUCAUUUUGCCAGAUCAACACUUGAACAGCCGCUAAACGUGGUGACAACAAGCACUCUUCUUUUAUAGAUAUUCAGAAAUGUAUCCAGCUGUUAUUUUUUGCCUGAGUCUCGUGUGUGUUUCGUACACCGUGUGAACGCUGUGCUACAGUGCGUGAGACAAAGAGUUGCAUGUACCGUUUUAUAAUGACAGACUGGUGUCCUUCACGAGCAACAAAAGCCUCUUCCAGGGUUUCAUUUUGGUGGCAUCAAAGUCUCCUACAUCCAGAUGUUUGAACCUAGCCGUCACUCCACUGAUCCAGACUCUCGUGUUCUCACACUGUGAGCGACAUGACUGCUCGGGUGCUGCAAGAAACAUCGGUGACUUCCACGGUGUGAAACUGCAAAGAUUUGAACAUGAAAAUCAUGCACGUUUCUUCGCUUCAGUUUCGCUUUUUAAAGGAUCAGUUCAGCGUUUUGAGAAAGACGCUUCUUUUCUGAAGACUUGCACAACUGCAGUUUGGAAUCGAUCGGGUCAUUAGCUUAGCUUAGCAUACAGUCUGGAAACAGGAGGAAAUGGCUAAUCUUGCUUUGCCCAAAGUGGAAAAAAGUGCAUAUUAACACCAUUAAAUUUGCAUAACUAAUAUAACUAUUUCUUGGAUAGAUGGAUAAACUGUUGUUUUUCAAGAAAUAGUUGUAGCACAAAACUGUCAUUUUUACAUUUCUGUUCAUGUACAUGCUCUUCCAGUCAUUGUUGGCAGACAUACUAAAUUUUUCACUUUUGUUUUAGCUAGGUUAGCAGUCCCCCCCUGUUUCCAGUCUAUGUGCUAAACUAAGCUAAGCUACAUCCCAGACCUAAUUCUGGCAAACAAGCACAUUAUUCAAAACGUCCGACUGUUCCUUUAAUGUCGCUAACUAGAAGAGUAAACAAACCUUUCAGUAAAGUGGUUUCAGAGAUUUCAACUCCGACGACGGUUGCACCCCUUUUGCAAAUAAUUCUAGAUGUUUUGUCUCUACUCUUUUUGUUUUUCUUUUCUUUUUUUUUUAGGAAAGUUGUAGAAAACUGGUAAGUUUACUGUGCACUUAACAGGUUAAACUGAAAACUGUAUCUAUUCAGAAGCAAGAGAAAUCUGCAAUAACCAGCUGAUGAAGAAAAGUCAGCUGUGCCCGACUUGUAUCAGCUGACAUCUGUUGAGUCUCUGUGGUGUUUUUAUAGCAAAUGAAUGAACUUGUGGUGGCUCGUGUAUCGCGUUGACUGCUGUGUGAACGCACACUCACACUUCCAGCAACAACACACACAAAGUGAGAACGUUUCGAUCCAAACUCAGCAGGAUCCAAUCAGACCUGUUAGGUUUGUAAUAAGCCAGGCUGACUGGGCUCGGGCAGGGCUUUGUUUGAUGUGUUUUUGAAUAGUUUUAAAAAGUAUUUUAAGCAACUAUCAGAGCUUUUUGAGCAAUAUCAGGCUAUAUAGUCAAACUUUUUUUCUUCCUUUCAAAGCAAAAUUUGGUCUGAAUUAGUCAAACUAAGAAAUCUGAAAUCUUCUUGAUACCAGAAUGAUCAUCUAUCAGUGCUGCUGUUCUCAAAACAUUUCUACAUCCACACUUGGAUGUUCACCUCCAUAUCAGAGCGUGCUCCUCUAACUAUUUUGUAAAGUUUGGGAAAUAAUGAUUACAAUAUGUGUUUCUUGGCUUGAUUGAUGGUGACAGUCACUUCAGAAACCUCCAGUAGGUCUCCAUAAACCCACUCCACAGGUGUGUGUGUCUCGAUGAUAGUGCUGUUGCAGUAUUCAAAGUAUGUUUUACCAUUAACACACAUACAGACACUUUCUCAUACACACACACACACACACACACACACACACACACACGUACAUAUUCACAGUACUUGAGCACACUGGUGAAUAAUAGGGCUUUGUGCCAAAUGCUCUUAACUACACAGACACAAAAUAGCAUCGAUACACACCGCUGAACAUGUCAUCGCAAGGCUUCCCCAGUGUCUUUAUUUUAUCAUUUUAUUGCAAUGACUAUGAUGAAUCAUGAUGUUUUUUAAAUAAAUAGAUUUGUAAGAUGUA